GGGUGAUGAUUGGAUUACGAUGGAACGCCGGAUCUAUAUCGAUUACUUUCGCCGAAGCAAAUACAUGUGCUUUUCAGUGCAAGACGGGCUACUUCAAGCAAAUCUAUGUAAGUUACAAAUAACCAAGACCUUAGAACAUGACAUCACAGGAAUCUACCUCGUCACAAGAACCUUCAAGCACUAUCUCUGGCUAUAUACACCAGUUAUCACCCGUAAAGAAUGCAAAUAACAAACAAAAAACAKCAUAUUUUAACUUUACUAUCCAAACCUCKAGUGACACACAACAGCGUGCGGUCUGUUACCAUCCAGAUAAAAGAAAUGAGAUAUUCAACUUCCAACAGCAACGGGCUCCUGUGGCUUUUAAAGACGGUCAAUUAACUCCAAACAAAAGAAACGCUUCACAGAUGGACUUUUCAGUCAGGAAAAAGACCAAACUACAGGCAACAGUUGUCGACUUCGACUUUGAUGGGUCAUUUGAUUCCAAGCUGGCACCCCUAUCCUCAAUAGCUUCAUUUAUGCCAUUCCACCAGCUUGAUGUAAAAGUAAAGGUGGUGUCAAAGACCGAGGAAAAGCAGAAAAUUAUUGUGCGAGAUCAUCCUUGCUUCAAAACUGAUUGCAUGAUCUUUGAUGGGACUGACUCUAUAAGACUUGAACUAUGGGAAUCAGCAAUUGACAAAGUAGCAAGAGGAAAAUGUUAUUACAUUCAGAACAUUAAAGUCAAGAUCUUCAAUGAUACUAAGUAUCUUUGCACCAAUGAAUACACAGUCAUCGAAGAAAUUGAAAGUGACACAAUUCCAGAUCUCAACUUGUCAUCAGAAUCUUUUCAAGAUUGCAUUAUAGAAGGAAAGGUUAUUGGGAUUGACAUUAACCGCACCCCAUCCUGCCCUUUAUGCAACGCCAGGAACGAUCAGCUUCCUGAUGACGAAAUGAUUGAUUGUAGAKGGUGUGAGUCAACCUUCCUGGUUGACCAGAUUAAAACCAAACUCGUUUCAAGAUUGUCGCUUCAAGUUGACCAGAAAAUUAUUAUCUAUUCUGCGUUCAACGAUGCCUUACAAAGCUUUCUUGUUCUGCAAAAUGUAACCACCAAGCUUGCUGACAUGACAGACAAAGAUAUCAAAAAACAUUUUCUAAAAGCAUCUCAAGUCAAGUUGCUGGUAGAUCAGUCUACCAAGGUGAUAAGUCAGUUCCUUUAAACUUUGACUUAGAUUAUAAAGAACUUUAUUUCAAAAGUGUUACAUAAUUAGUAAAAAAGACAUUAUACAAAAUUCUGUUCACAAAGUUAAUGUUCACAUUUGAUAUAUUAUUGUUCAUUGAAUAUAUAUCAAAAUACAGCAAUAUACAGAAAUUCUUACCCCUUUGACUCAUAUUUCAAGGAUAUAUAAAAUAUAUCAGAAAUUAUGGGAUAUCAUUGCUGAUAUUUUUUUCAGAUAGUACUGGUCCUAUGCAAACCCAAAAGAAUAUCAGUUACCAUAUCCCAUAAUUUCUGAUAUAUUUUAUAUAUAGUUGAAAUAUGAG